AUGGAAACAGACCAAUGUGAAAUGGAUUUCGAACGUAUCUUUGCAAAGCUACCGGACGUGUGCCGUGUUUGCUUUUCGGAAGAUUCCGAUAGUAAGGUAGAUUUGUACCACAUUGACGAUGUUUACGUGAAGCCAACCAGUGUAGAGCAUAUGAGUUCUUUCCGCGCUAUUCUAGCGGUUUUUGUGAAUGAUGAGUUUGAAUCACAUGGAGAGCUAAUACCGACAAGUAUUUGUGCCGAUUGUAGCGCUCGAGCACAGAGCGCCUUUCAGUUCGUCGAACAAUGCCAACGAUCCGACCAACUGUUGGAGCAAUACUUCAAAAGCGUAGAAGAGGAUAAGAUUCUUCAAAUUAAAUCCGACGACUCACUGAUAGCGGAGGAGCUGUCUCACGAACAGUGCCAAGCGCAGGAAGGCAGGACUUCACUGCACGUUACGCAAACAUAUUUGAGCAGCAGUGAGCAAAAGCGUGUUAAGAAAAAGGCCGAAAUCCAAGGCAAGAAAUCGCCGAAGGGACCAACCAAAUCAAAUAACAACCGAUGGUACUGUGAUACGUGCGACAAGAGUUUUAGCCAACCACAAACAUUGCGCAGACACAGCCGGAUACACGAUCAAACGGGCAGCAGUAAGAUCGAUUGCGAAAGGUGUGGCCGGCAAUUUCUACGGUCGGAUGAUUUAACGAGACACAUGCGUACACAUACUGGCGAACGUCCGUACGAAUGUCAAUUGUGCUCGAAAACUUACAAGCAGGGAAACGAGCUGAAAGAACACUUGCUGACCCACAGCCGGGAAAAACAUUUCAAGUGCACGGAGUGUAGCAAACAGUUUUCUUCCCGUAAUGGACUGUACGUGCAUUUGAAGGUGCACAGGGGAGAGAAGCCACACGCUUGUCCACAUUGCGACAAGCGUUUUACCACGUCCAGUGAGCGUAUUUCUCACGUCCGACACGUACAUUCGGCACAAAAAUGA